AUGCGAAUGAUUAUUUUGGUUUGCUUAACUGUUGUAUCAAUCGUUUGGCAUGGAAAAUGUUCCAGCAGUAUACCAUUGGCAUCGUAUAAUUUAAAGCUUUACUGUCGGAAUGGUCAAUCACACAUUCCGGAGACUCGUGUUCCCUCUUUAUGUCCGUCAUCCAGCACUUCCUGUGGUUAUUUUGAAUUUGAAAAAAUAUUAUUGACGGAAAAUAGGGAAGAACCGUUAGGAAUCUAUGAAUGUAUCGAUUCCAGUAUUCUCAUGCCCGAUAAUGAUGAUAAUGAUGAGAUAAAACAGUUACUAUUUUCGAAAUAUUGCGAUGAUCAGGCACGUUGUCGAGAAAUAAUGCUUUCCUCAUUCAAUCCAAAAUUUAUUCAGUAUUUAAUUAAACGAGUUGACGAUAGAUAUUCAAAUAGAUGGGAUGAUGAUAAAUUACAACGAUUAUUAACAAAGAGAAUAAAAUUUUGUUGUGCUAUCAAUGAUCAUCUCCUCCAGAAAAUUAUACAUUCCGGUGAUCACGUUCUUCCUACAUUAGCACCUUCUCAACCUGUCACCUGCAAUAAUGUUCACUGUCGAGGUGCUCCAAUCGGAUGUCUCACUUAUUCGAAAUUCAAUCGAACACAACAACCAAUAGAAAAUGAAGAUGAUGUUAUCAUUGUACAACCCGUGCAUAUCACUUAUGACGAAUAUACAAUGCUUCCAUCACAGCUAUGCAUUAUUUUAAAAUUUAUUUGA